CUCGCAGCAGCAGCCGGUGGCGCUGACUACACUCUCCCCGUCUCUCUGUCUGUCUCUCUCUUUCUCUGUCGCUCACGCCCUCACACCGUUUCUUUCUCGCGCCUGUACCUCCACCCUGCUGCAGACAUGGACGCUUUCGUUGGCACAUGGAACCUGAAGGAAAGCGUCAAGUUUGACGAGUACAUGAAGGAGCUGGGUGUUGGCUUUGGAACACGUAAGCUCGGCAACAUGACCAAGCCCACCACCAUAAUCUCAGUGGCAGACGACACCGUGAAGGUGGAGACAAAGAGUGCAGUUAAGAACACAGAGCUCUCCUUCAAGCUGGGAGAGGAGUUCAAUGAAGUCACUGCAGAUGACAGGAAAGUCAAGUCUAUCGUAACAUUAGAUGCUGGGAAGCUGGUUCACGUACAGAAGUGGGACGGCAAAGAGACCAGUCUGGUUAGGGAAGUCAACGGCAACAAACUCACGCUGACGCUAACAAUCGGCGAGAUCGUCAGCACUCGUCACUAUGAAAAAGCAGAGUAAAAAUCCAAACUCUGGCUCCUUCCUGCAGCAUCUUCUUGCAUCCCCUGAAGCUUCGUUACCCCAAAACUUAACAUCACUUCAGCCCUGGCCAAUAAAACCUGUUCAGUGUCCUUAAUUUCCCUUCAUGCUGUGGAAACAGUAUUAACAUUUCUGCUGACUGCGACCUUUCCCUUUCUCCAUGUCCCUCUUUUUCCUUCUACUGUAAGAAACACUGAAUAAAUUCCGAUUGUGUUGUUUUUGAUGUUUUUCUCUAAAAUCCCAGGUCUGCAUAUUUCUUUUGUUUUUUUAGAAAAUGUGUGAUGCAUGGUGCCCAUGAUAAACCUGGACAGUGUAACAUUUCAAAGUUUGCCUAAAAUAUGUGUACACUACCAAAUAAAACAGAAAAACUA